GGUCAUUACAUAUAUUCAGCAAACGAACAGAUUUAAAUAACUAGCAGAGCAGUAUUGCUCUUCUAUUGCUCUUCUCUUAUGACGUCCACGCUCCCCUCACCGCCAGGCCUGUCUACCUCUAUCUUUCUCUUCGCUGUUCUAUUUUAACUGUUUUUUAUUUUUAAAUUUUUUGUCAGUAUGUUCACCAACUGUUUCCAUCUGUAUUAUCGCUAGGCCUACAAUGGUUAUUUAACCGCUGGCCUUCUUUAUCAGGAAUCAAUAAAGAUAUAAACUAAUACGCAUGAGUACUCCUUACUUCAUGGUGUGUGCAGUACUGUUAGUGCAGGAGUACUUGUAUCUACUCUUGAUUUCUUUUUUCACUGGGUUAUGCAUACUUCAGAUAGAUAUAUUUGAAUUAAAAUGGAUAUUUCUACAUGAUGAAUGGCUGCCAUAGCAAAACGAGUAAUAGAAAGGUAUGAAACGGUGUUACAUGAGCAUUUUCUAUUCUCGUAAUGCGUACUUUAUUCUAGAGUUGCUAUUGACGAAAAUGAAACGCAAGAUUUUACCGGUGUGUGGCUUGAUUGUACAUCUGAAGAAAAUAAAGACUUUUAUAUUUCUCUGAAAAGUAUUUUUAAGAACUUAAAAUCGUUUAAUAAUAGUUCUAAGUGUAUCACAUAUAUAUCCGAAUCGGAAGAAACACAAAUAUUUUUUAUUGUAUCAAGCACAGAAGGCGAACACGUUAUUCCACUCGUUCAUGAUGAACUAUCACAAAUUGUAUGGAUUUAUGUUUCAUGUCAGAACCAAAUGGAAUAUAAUCAUUGGUUAAAAGAAGAUUAUUCAAAAACUCGUAAUAGAAUUUUUAUUGAUAAAAAUUUAUUAUUUGAACAAUUAGAAAAAGAUAUUUUAGAUCAAAAGCGUGAUGACGCUACUCCGACAACAUAUAAAGAAGCAUUACCAUCAUUAAGCUUGUUCAAAAAGGAUGAAAAAAAUAGCACUAUAAGAAAUUUGAGCAAAGAAUCAGUUCGGUUUAUUCAUUUUCAACUACUUAUCGAUAUCUUGCUUGAUAUGGAAGAAUCGGAUACGACAAAAGAAAUUAUGCUAAAAGAAUGUCGACGUUGUUACCAGAAUAAUAAUAUAGAACUGGAAAAAAUUUCAAAAUUUGAUCAAGAAUAUAAGUCAGAUAAAGCAAUCUGGUGGUAUACAUGUUCUUCAUUCUUACAUCGUUUACUUAAUAAAGCUUUAGGCUUACAAGAUCCCGACUAUUUAUUCAUAUUUCGUUAUAUUAUUAGCCAUUUACAUAAUCAACUAUUGAAGUUACACUCUAGUCGUACUGAAUUGAUACCAUCAACUGUCUAUAGGGGCAAAGUUCUGCCGUCCAACAUUGUUCAAAAUUUAAACGAUAAUGUCAAUGGCCUUGUAUCAAUCAACGGAUUCUUAUCAGCAACCACAGACAAAAACGUCAGUCACAUUUUUUGUGCUAAAGGUGAUACUAUUCCUGAAGGUCAUGAAAGGGUGUGCUUUAAAUUAAAAAUAGGUAAUAAUAUUGCAAAUAAACCUUACGCUGCGAUUAAAGAGUUGAGUGCUAUUCGAGAUGAACGUGAAAUUUUGUUUUCAAUUGGUACCGUGUGGCGUAUAAUAUCUGUUAACGAAGACAAAGAUAACCAAAUUUUGAUUAUUGAAUUAGAAUUAAGUGACGAACAAAAUCAGAAUCGCCUUGAAUUAACAAAUUCUUUAAGAAAACAAAUUGGUGAAACAUCGACGCUUUUAACAUUAGGAAAUUUUUUAAGCGAAAUCGGUGAUUAUGAAAGAGCAUCAGGAUACUAUCAGAUGUUACUAAAGCAAUUACCAAAAUAUCACGAAGAUCGAGGAAAAAUUUACAAUAAUUUGGGGUGUAUUCGAUAUGAACAAGGUGACUAUCAUGCAGCUGAAAUCUACUUUGAAAAAGCAAUUGCAAUAACGAAUAUUAAUAACAAUAAUAAUUUAUCAUUGGUUGUAGCCGAAUAUAAUAAAGAAAUGGUUCAUUUCGAUAACAUUGUAUCUACAACUACAUUACAAUCGAUUGAACUGUUAACGGAAGCUUUAUCAAUAAGAGGUUCAUCAACAUCAGAAAUAUUUAAUAAUCAAGGACUUGUGUAUUAUAAAAAACGUGAAUAUGCAUUAGCAAUAAACGCCUAUCAUCAGGCGCUUGAAAAUCUAUUAAAAUUUGACCCUUAUCCGCCUCAUAUAUCAGCAGUUUAUAAUAACAUUGGUGUAGUACAUUUCCAAACAGAAAAUUAUGAUUGUGCAUUAAUCAACUUCCAAUUAGCAAUUGAAUCUGGCUUAAAAUUCUGGCGACCUGAACAUGAUUGCAUUAGGAGAUAUUUGAACAAUAAAGCAGUAGUACUCAGACAUAAAAAAACUCAUAAUACAACUAUGAGUGAAAAGCCAAAAGUCGAGGAUUUGAAUGUAAAAAUAUUUGAUCUUGAUCGAAGAUUAUCCCCGUGUUCCAUAGGAAAUGAUCUUGAUAGUUUAUUAAAAUUAGCAGAUAAGUACUGCCAUAAUAACAUGAUUUCGGAUUUGGCUGCAAUAUAUAAUAAAAUUGGUAGUAUCUAUCAUAAGAAACAGGAUUAUAGUUUAGCAUUAUCUUACUAUCAAAAAGCAAUUGACAUUGCAGUGCUCGAACCUGAACAACAUGGCAUUGCCGAUUACUAUGCAAAUAUUGGUUUAGUAUAUGCCAUACACAAGAAGUUUGAAAGUGCUCUGGAAAAUUUUAAUAAAGCAUUAGAUAUUAAACGUUUAAACCUUAUACGGUACAAAGAUGAUAUUGUUAGGUUACUGAGAUAUAUACAUUCUAUUAAAUUGGAAUACAAAGGCAGCAGCGACAUAUUAGAUGACUAA